CAAGACUAAUUUUUAGUAGCGCUCUAAACUUAGAUACGCGUAUACCGGUGACAAAGUGUUUUUAUUUAUAGUUUUUAGAGGAUUUGUAAACAAUCUUUUUCAUGAGUGAUAAUUUUGUAACCAUUCAUCAUUGUAAUUCUAGUAGUGAUGAUUCUUCGGAACAGUGUUCGAUUUGUUUAUCUUCAAUACUAUCGUCUUCCAGUGAUGAGGAAGAUGCAAUUUUAACCAGAUUUGGAAAUAAACUGAAAACGUUAAGAAUAUUUAGGAAAAAUGGUAAUGCAAUUUUAUUUAACUUGAAUGGAAUGGAGCUGGAAACCCUUUACCACAGAUACUGUAUUAGGCUGAAACACGCACUAUUUCUAUCUGGAUUGACUGUAUCCACUCUAAUAUCCGUAGGGAUACUGAUAACAACAUGCGUUUUACACGUGCAGGGUCAUCACAAAAGCAUCCUUCCGGUCACUGUGAUGUCAGUAGUGACUUUUGCACUGAUAGCCAUACUUAUGGCGUCGCAAUUUCCUGUGAUUCUCGAAUCUGAAGCUUGGGCUCUGAUGUCGUCACUAGUGAUCAUUGCUUCAGCCGCAACAGCCAUGCUACUCUUAGCUGGUCGUCAUGCGCCGUUGCCACUUUUCGCUCUGCUACUGGCCAUCCAUACAAUGUUGCCGCUGUCAAGGUCAGUGGCCUUGGCAGUCGCCACCAUAGUCACUGUGGCGCAUUUGGCAACGUCGAUCGCUCAUAGGAUACACGAAGAGGGCGGCGCUGAUUUGAUUCAGCUAGUUCCGGAAACCGUGAUUCUACUUACCGGUAGCUGUACUGGGCUGUACUACAGACACUUGACUGAGGAGGCUCACCGAAGAACUUUCGUAGGUACCAGAACUUGCAUAGAAUCCAGAGUGAAACUGGAAUGCGAAAAGGGCCAGCAAGAGCAACUUUUAUUGAGCGUCAUACCUGCAUAUAUUGCAGCUGAAGUCAAGCGAAGCAUAAUGCUUAAAAUGGCUGAUGCAUGUUCCGAACACAAAACUCAAACUUUCCACGAAAUGUACGUCCAAAGGCACAAUAACGUGUCCAUUUUGUAUGCGGACAUCGUUAAUUUUACUCCGCUAAGCGAACAGCUCAGCGCUAGCGAUUUGGUGAAAACUUUGAACGAACUUUUCGGAAGGUUCGAUCAGAUUGCGCAGGACAACCAAUGUAUGAGGAUCAAAAUAUUGGGCGACUGUUAUUACUGCGUUUCCGGAUUGCCCAUAUCCAGACCUAAUCAUGCGUACAAUUGCGUUAACAUGGGACUUCAAAUGAUCGAAGCCAUCAGGUUUGUUCGUGAAGCAACUGGAUUCAACGUCGACAUGCGCAUUGGAAUUCAUACUGGCAACGUACUGUGCGGAGUACUGGGUCUCAGAAAGUGGCAGUUCGAUGUUUGGAGCGACGACGUCACUCUGGCCAAUCAUAUGGAAAGUGGAGGCAUAGCAGGUCGAGUCCACAUAACCAAAGCCACUCUGCAUCAAUUAGGCGACCGUUUCGAAGUGGAGCCGGGAAAUGGAGCCAGCAGAGAGGGCUAUCUAGCCGAUCACAAAAUCGAAACUUACCUAAUUGUACCGCCAAAGAAUCAGGAAUUGCAAAACGGCAACCUGAAACCGAGCCCUCAGAAUUCGGAAAGAAAUAACAGUAUUGGUGAUAAUUCGAUUCAUGGUAAUGCAACUCCUGGUGGACCUCCAACGAGAGCAAGACCUUCUAGUAAAAUGACAAAAUAUGUCGAAUGUUGGGGUGCGGAUAAACCUUUUGCUAAUAUUGCUGAAUCGACUUUAGCCAAAAAUAUCGAAUUAACGACUUUGGGAAUGAUCGAGUCCAACUUGCUUCCUGACAGGUCGACGUGCCUGGAGUGCAAAAAAUGGUGGCACUCUGAAGACCUCAAUCCAGCGGUACUUUGGUUCCGUAACAGGAAACAAGAAAGAGAAUACAGAAGCCAACCGGAUCCAGAAUUUCGUUGCUACAUAGCUUGUACUUCGUUAAUUUUCGUUGCUAUGUGUGUAAUGCAAAUUACAACUAUACCCAAGAGUAUCGUUCUUUAUGGUACCAUCGCACCAACCCUGGUAGUCCUCCUAAUUUUCGUCUACCUGUGUUGGUUGGACGGUUGUUGCGGUCCCAGACCGCCUUCAGAUACUCCAUCAGACGAAUUGGGAGCUUGCAGUCCUCCAGGACAAAUUGUAGCCGAAAGUCGAUGCCUCAGAUUGUCGAUUUUUUUGGUUACUGUCACUUUGAUAUCGGCUUGUGCCGUUAUAACUUUGGUCGACUACAAUCCUGAGCAGUUUCCAAUAAAAAUAAACACUCCGAUCACAUUUCGAGCUAACAACAUAUCAAAUUUGACUGAAAAUGUUACAAUUUUGGAAGACUAUAUGCCGGAAAUUGUACAUUAUGUACCAACAUAUCUGUAUAGUUCAGCUUUAGUUUUGGCCGCAAUAUCAGUUUUCCUAAGGAUGGGAUUCCUGCUUAAAUUAUGCCUAAUGGUCAUUUCAGUAGCAGCCCAUAUCAUUAUUUACAGCUAUUUGGAUUUUUUUCAAGAGUACCACGCACAAGACAUACAUGACGAUGAAUUCCCAGGAUUACCAUUCGAAUUGAAAACAGCCUUGGUCCUAGCCAUGGUAGUGAUAUUUUUCCACAUACUGGAUAGACAAAUCGAAUUCACAUCUAGAACCGACUACUUGUGGAAAGCCAAGCUGAAAGUCGAACAAGAAGAAGUGGAAACUAUGAGAGGAAUUAAUAAAAUUCUUUUGGAAAACAUACUGCCAGCCCAUUUAGCCGAACAUUUCCUGUCAAACAGAGUAACGACAGAUUUGUACCACGAAAGAUACUCUUGUGUGGCAGUUAUGUUUGCUUCGAUACCCAAUUACAAGGAGUUUUACGAUGAAAGUGACGUUAACAAGCAAGGCCUGGAAUGUUUGAGGCUUUUAAACGAGAUUAUUUGCGAAUUUGACAAGUUGCUUCUCAAGCCUAAAUUCAGUUGCAUAGAAAAAAUCAAGACUAUAGGAAGCACCUACAUGUUGGCUUCGGGCUUAAGGCCUGGCAAAGAAGACGAUAGCGCAGAAGCAACAAGAAAAGCUGAACAUAUCAUAGUAGCCCUAGUGGAAUUUGCGAUUUGCCUAAUGACCAGCCUGGAACAAAUCAAUCGAGACGCUUUCCAAAGAUUCAAACUCAGAUUUGGAUUACACCACGGUCCAGUCAUAGCAGGCGUGGUAGGAGCUCAAAAGCCCCAAUACGACAUUUGGGGUAACACGGUAAAUGUAGCAUCCAGAAUGGAUUCAUGCGGCAUAAUGGGCCGUAUUCAAGUGACAGAGGACACUGCCGAAAUUUUGAAAAACGCCGGCUGGUCUUGUGAGUGUAGAGGGCCCACUUACGUUAAGGGCAAAGGGACUCUUACCACGUAUUUUGUCAAGACUGCGUUUGAUGAAAAAUAAAUUUUGCAUUUUUUUGUUGUUGUGUUUCUUAAUUAAUGCGUAAUUUGAUUGUAUUAUUUAUCACGCACGUGUGUGCAAACAUCUUCAAAUUUCAAUUGAUUUUCAAUGUUAUCUUGAAACUUUAGUUGUUUGUUAAAUGAUUUUCAAAAUUCGUUCCGGAUGUGUUUUGAAUUAGCAAUGUAAAAAUUUAUUGAUUGGCCUAAAAGAGAAUCAAUAAAAAGUGUUUUCCAAUCAAAUCUUAAUAUAUUUAUAUAUAAACAAAAAGUAAUAGCAUAAUCUCAAUGUACUUAGUAUUAUAGUUAUAAUGAAUAUGUUAUUAAACAUAUGUACCUACAAAGGCCUAUAUUUGUCCUUGUAGCCCUUCACAUUUACCAUUUGUCUGUUCUUUGGUGGUUUUGAAAAUAACAAAAGUAUAUUUUUUUGAUAAUAGAUGUAAAUAAUUUUAGGAUAAUCCAUGUCACAAUCGUCUGUAAAAUAGAUAGAAUUCCUUUAAAUAAGUACAUAUAGAUUUACGGGUAAGAAGAUCUAUUAAAAUUAAAUAUAAGUAGUCAAUUUUUGUUUUGUUUUCUUAACUGUAUAUUUUUAUCUCAGAUAA